AUGUCGUCGACUGCUGUGGAAGAAUGGCACGCGGUUGAGCCUCGAGGGCUCGCUGCGGCGAUUCUCGGCGUGACCAUCGCCUUUACGAUUCUCUGCCUGUCCGUUGUUGGACUUCGAGUUUAUCUACGCCUGUCGAUGCGGAAUUUUGGUCGUGAAGAUUGGCUGAUGUGUGUUGGGACGACAAUCAACAUGGUACACAACGGUAUCGUGAUAUGGGGAUGCUAUACUGGAAUAGGGACUCGUGACUCUAAGCUCAACACUCCCAUCAUGAUGGAGGGCGCAAAGGCAAUUGUCUUCUGGCAAAUUUUCUACGUCACCGGCUCCGUCUUCAUCAAGUCCUCCAUCUGCGCCCAACUCAUCCGCAUCUCGACGCAACGCCGCUACAAGAUCAUUCUGUACCUCCUCAUUGCGGUGUCCAUCAUAACAACCUUUAUAGCCAUCCUCGCAGUUCUCAUCCGAUGCAAACCAGUCGCGGCGUCGUGGAAUCCUACGCUGGGAACGUGUAUCGACCAAAGUAUCAUCAUCGCCCUGACAUAUGUCGUGUCUGCGGUCAACAUUGCGACGGAUUGGUCCGUGGCUAUUAUUCCCAUUUUUAUCUUGUGGAAUAUCCAGAUGCGCAGGACCCUCAAGAGGAUGAUUGGUCUCGUUUUGGGUCUUGGUGUUUUGGCCUCGAUUGCCACCAUCAUUCGAAUGCCAUAUUCUUCCGCUUACUCGAAUCCCAAAAACCUUCUAUACAACGUUGGCAACAUCAUCCUGUGGACAGUCAUCGAAUGCGGUCUAGGUAUCAUCGCCGGUUCCAUGCCCAUGCUUCGAAAGUUGGUCAAGGGUCUCUCGAAAGACGAAAGCACCGGAAAGAGCGGCACGAACGACCUCAAUCUUGUCACAAUCGGUCGAAUCAAGGGGAAGCACCAUCCGAUCCACGAUACUGAUAUCCAGAUUACCGUCGUCGCAGGCGAUGACCCCGAGACUGCGAGGGACGACGACAGUACGAAGAGGAUGAUAAGGGUGACGAAGAUGGUGAACCAGACGACAUCACAAGGAUACCGGGAGAUGUGA